AAUGAUAAUAAUAAAAUAAGUCUGCUUUGUUACCACGCAUGCGCUCACUAGCCUAUUGCGUAAUGGAGCAGGUGUGAUAAACAGGAGUGUAUUUCUUUCCACUGAAGUGUAUUAUGAUAUUUUUUGUUUUUAUAAUUACCCCCAUGCAGUAGAGUCCACCCUGUCCCGCGAGACCUCUCAGUUAAAUCAACUAACACGCGUUAUGAGAAGUCAGACAAACAAUGAACUCUGCAGCUGCUAUCUUCUUUUAAGCUGGAUGAAGUGCAAAAGUAGUAGGCUAAACGACCUCCUCCUCUUUCUGUGUCUGACUCAGUCCGCGGCUCUCACUCUCAGUGUUUCUGGAGUUCAUUCACUGUUAGCUGAUCAUCAUAGAUGGAACAGACAAUUAAAACUACAAACUGAGCCUUCGGAACACCCCUGACUACUUUAGCCGUUGUGAUGUCGGGACGUUUUGUAUCGGAUCGCUCGAGGAUGUCGGGACAGGAGCACCUUUCAUUCACACGGAUCACAGGAUGUGUGUAUGAGUUGAGAUAGAGCUCAGGCCAGUGAUGGAGGCAGGACUGAACUGCAGCUCUCACUGUGAGUCUGGCGUCUGCUUCAUCUACCCCGGAGUGAACAUCCAGCAGGGCUGGGAUGUCCUGCAGAGACUGUGUGCGCUCGCAGCGAGGGGUGUGGAUGUACAGAGUCGAUCGCUGUCUCCUGCUCUUCGUGCUGUGGUCUGGACGCUGCUCUCUUUUGGGAUUCUGCUGACGCUCUUCUUUCUCAUUUUCACUCUGCGCUUCAAAAACAACAGGAUAGUGAAGAUGUCCAGUCCCAAUCUGAAUGUGUUGACUCUAUGUGGCAGUGUACUCACAUACAGCAGCGGCUUCUUAUUCGCUGUGGAGGAGAGAGCACCGCUGUCAGGAGCAGGAUCAAGAGCUGUCUUACAGGCACGGAUGUGGACACUGUGUAUCGGCAGCUCUCUGGUGUUUGGCCCCAUUCUUGGGAAAACAUGGCGGCUUUACAGAGUGUUCACUCAGCGUGUGCCCGACAAGAGAGUGAUUAUUAGAGACAUCCAGCUGAUGGGUUUGGUUGCUCUGUUGGUCUUAGUGGAUGUUGUUGUUCUAGCAGCAUGGGGUCUGACGGAUCCGAUCAAGUGCUCUCGCUCUAUCAGUGCUAUGGUGAAGGUUGUAGAGCGGGAUGCGUCCUACUCUCUGUCCCAGUUGGACUCCUGUUCUUCUCUCUACUCUGACCUGUGGGUAAUCCUGCUCUCUGUGCUUAAGGGCAGCCUCCUCCUGUACGGCACAUAUCUUGCCGGCCUGACAAGCAAUGUGAGCUUACCUCCAGUAAACCAGUCUAUGACCAUCAUAGGUGCUGUCUGCCUGGUCACCAUGUCGAGUGCUGUGGCCAUACCCGUCUCUCUUUACCUGUACACCUGGCCCAAUGUGGUCUACAGUGUAGUGUCUGGAGCCAUCUUCAUCUGCACAAUGGCCAUUAACUGUCUACUGUUUGUCCCUCAACUGACCCAGUGGAGACAGUUUGAAGAGGAGACAAAUUCUCACCCCAGUCAAAUGGCCAAAUACUUCAGUAGUCCCAGCAAGACCACACACUCCAUGUACAGCGAGGAUGAGAUCUACUAUCUACUUGGAGAAAACGACUCCAUGAAAAGGCUCAUCAAUGAGAAGAAUGCCGUUAUUGAUAGCCUACAGGAACAAGUGAACAAUGCCAAGGACAAGCUGCUCAAACUGAUGACUGCUAGCCACCCCUUGGACGAAAGAGAAAUGGACUCCUCCAACACGAACCUCAACUCCAUCUCCACCCAAACCACAGUGGUAUCUCCUGAUUCUCCAGCGCUAAGGAAAUACUCAGAAGUUGCUCCCACCAGAGUUCUCUCUCCACCUCCGUAUGUACCUCCUCCACCGCUUCAUGCUCACACUACCUCACAGCAAACAUCCCCUGAAGGUCCAGUAGCUACAGAAGUUCCUCUGUCUUCACCAUCACACCUGAGGUAUUCACCUCCUCAAGAUAACUCUUCCAAUGAGGUCUCUCAGGUUGUGAGUCUGAAUGAAAGCAUAGAAGAUGCAGUUCCAACCAUGAACAAUCUCAGAAACUCAGGUCUUGGAAAAGAGAUUUCGGAGAAGCCACUAGAUGUGCCUUCAGAUCAGGAAAAUACAGCCCAGGGUUCCUCUCUACUAGGUCCCGCUCGAUGUAGUUCACCUCAGGUUGAGUCUCCAGUGCCAUCGGCCUCUGUUGAGCUUCCCGCUAUGUCACCAACAGGACGACUGGGUUUUGUAACCAAUGAGCAGCUGGUGGAGAUCUUGCAGGAUCUGAGCGUGGAUGCCGUAAGCAGCUUCGUCAAAUCACCCGACCAUGUGCGAAGCCCGUCCCUCAAUCCGGAUGAACUGAGCUCAGCUCUUUCUCCUCGAUCUCCUCUACAGUUCUUCUUCCCCACCAUCUCACCCUAUCUCAUGCGUAAACGCAGACCUCCUUUUUACUCCUCAAGAGGUGGACCUCCCCCUUACUAUUUUCCAGGCUCGGAUCCUCCAGGACGCAGGAGGGAAUCAGUACUAAUGGACCAUGAAAAGUUGAGGGACGAUGGCUCUCAAAGACCUGACUUGUGGCAUGAGGGAAGGAGGAGGAGAAGGGAUGAGAAGGCACAGGCUCGAUGUGGCUCGGGACAGGAGAGUUGGGAAUGUUCUUCUCACAAAUGCUCCAUUACGCCUUUCACGGGACAGGUUCCUCAGCCUGCCUCUGCUGGACUGAUAGAGGGGGUGAAACACUCAGAGGAGCCGUAUGAUUACUCAGACUCAGACUCCAGCAGCUCGGAGGACUAUUACUACCAGCGGCCCUACUGCGGGGCCUGUCAUCACCCCUACGACUCCACAGACAGCCUCACCUCAGGGACCUCUGACAGCGAGGAUGAGGACUUUUACCACUCAGCACAUCCUGUUGUGAACUUUAAAGUGGAUGUUAAACCAACCUUUGUCUGAACAGACUGCACAUCCACUAGUUGUAUUUGACAUGAUGCUCUUUUUGUUUUGUUUGGACCUAAUUAAAUUAUUCAGAUAUAGACUAUCUGUAAGGUUUUUUAUUUAUUUAUUUUUAUUUUUUUGAAAGAAGUCUCUUAUGCUCAGCAGGGCUGGAUUCAUUUGAAAAAUAUUUUAAAACUUAUUUAUCAGAAAUUCAGUUAAAACCGUAAUACUGUAAUCAGCAUAUUAGAAUGAUUUCUGAAGGAUCAUGUGACACUGAAGACUGGAGUAAUGGGUUCUGAUAAUUCAGCUUUGCCAACACAAUUUUAAAAUAGAAAAGUUAUAAAAAAAUAAAAAAAACAUUAAUAAUAAAAUGUAACUAUUCCAAACUUUUGACCCGUAUUGUACAUAAAAAAUGCACUUAAAUACACCUCUUCUUUGUAAAACUUACAUUUAAUAAAAUUUAAUUAGAUAUUUUUGGUGGUGUCUAAAGUAAAAAAAUAUCCAAUAGUAUAAUAAAGUUCUCAUUAAUGGCUAAAUUCUUUUAGAAGAAUUUAAGUGGUAUAAUUUAUUAUUUCUUAACUAAAUCAUAAAAAUAGGAAAGGAUAUGACAGAGACAACUCUGUCAAAGUCAGUAUUUAUUAUUAUUAUUUUUUUACAUUUUUAUUUCAGGUUUUUAGAUGUCAAAUUGAAUCAGGAAUAAUAUGUGUAUUUUUUUUUUUUUUUUUUUUUUUUUAAUCAAAAAAUAUGUUUGAAAAUUGUGCUGAUGUACACAUUUCAUUUACUUGAUCACAAUUUUUAGUCAUAAAAUUUAUAUCAUGUAAAGGAAAAACCUAAAUUGAACAUAAUGUACUAGGUCAUAAAGAAGUAGUUUGGUGGUCUUGCUUACCACUUCUCUGAUUAACAUAACUAAUGAAAAUGAGCCAUUUGAGUGAGUGGAGAGGAAAAGUGAGCCAAUACCAAGACCAUAUUUGGUCUUUCCUGUGUCUGUUAAAAAAGGUAUUUGUUUACACUUAUUUCUUCAAGAAAGCUAUUAUUAUACAGUUUCAGGAAUAUCCAUACACUUUUUAAACAUUUUAAAAAUAUAAUUCAAAGUCAUAAGUUGACUGAUUUUUACAAUCCUACAUUAAUUUAUUUAGAAACACUGUGCAGCUUAAAAGAGAGAUUAGAUGAGGAGGAAAUAUUCCAAUCCAAAUACUGUCAAAAUAUAAAUAAUCAAAAUAAAAACAAUCAGCUGUGAAGUUAGCUUUUAUUGUGUUCUGUAUUGCAUUUGAAUCCUUAUUACGUUCCUUGAUCAUUUAAAUGGCUCUUGCAGUCCUGUUAUUCAAUAGGCUAUCCUAGAAAUAUUUCCAAAUUAUAAAUCUUUCUCUUGCAAUAUUAAAAUGCUUUAUUUUGUGCUACAUACAACUUUACAGAGCCGCUGCUUUGGUUUAGUCAGUCUGUUUAUAAUAUUUAUUUUUGGCUAGUCUUUGUGUGUAUGUGUGUGCAUUUUUAUACACGGUAAUGUUUUAUGUUUACCAAGGCUGUUAUAUAUGUGUUUAUCUCCUUAUUUAUCUUAUUUAAACUCAAAGGAGGAAAUGUGACUGAAGAACUUGAGCUGCAUCAUGUUGUUUCUUCAAACAGUGUUUUUGAAACUGAAUUAUUUUUUGCAUAUAUUGCAUUUAUGUAAAUAUUUUAUUGUGUGUGAAUGCGUUUAUAUCUCUGUCCCUCUUGUAAACAUGUUUUCUCCAUGAACCUAAGUUUGUUAUUGAAUCUCUCUUUGAAAGGAAUGAGCAUCUACAAACAAAUACAUGAACAUGAUUGCAUAAGCAUACUAAAAGACUGAAUGUAAGUGAUGAGAUGUGUUUAUCAUUGUUUGUGCAUGUGAAUAAAUGUGUG